AAUCUUAAUAUUAGACAUAACAAAAGUGGAUAUCGUCAAUACCAAGCAAAUGAUGGAGGAUGGGAAUACACCCACAGUACUGUAGCCGAAAAAAAAAUUGGAAGACCCAUUGAACCAAACGAACAUGUUCACCAUAUUAAUAAAAACAAAGUUGAUUAUAGACCAAGUAAUUUAGUAGUUAUUAAAGAUAAUAUCCAUAGAGAAGUACAUAGAAGC